CUGAUGACGUCACACAACGCGUAGGAUCUGGAUCUCCUGCACAGCACCAUAUCCGAUUUACCACAUUUCAACCUAAAACAAGACAGUGAAAAUACUUGUUGAUGGAGGACGUGCUCCAGGGAAAUGACAGACCAGGGCAAUAACAAUCAGAACAUCUCACAAAACCCUUUCGCAGCACUCUUCAGUUCAGUUGCUGACGCAAAACAGUUUGCAUCUGACCAAAAGCAACAGCGUCCAACUGAGCAGCAAUCAGUAGAUUCAGGAGAGAGCCAGUCUGAGUCAGAAAACUCUGCGUCUGAAAGCAUUGAUGAGAAUGAUGACUCAGUGGCGGAGAUCAGCCGAUCGUUCCGCUCACGACAGGAGCUCUGUGAACAGCUCAAUGUCAACCACAUGAUCCAGAGGAUCUUCCUCAUCACUCUGGACAACAGUGAUCCGAGUCUAAGAAGUGGCAAUGGCAUCCCACCACGCUGUGUUUACCUUGAGGAAAUGGCAGCUGAUCUUGAUGGUCAGGACUGGCUUAACAUGGACACCAUAGAGCAGGCUUUGUUCAACAGGCUGCUUUUGCAGGAGCCAGGAAACCAUCUCAUUUACAUGACCUCCUGUAGUGUAGUGAAUCUCUCGGCAGAUCGAGACGCUGGAGAGAAACGUGCCAUACCUUACCUUUACGCCUGCUACCAAAGAGCUAAAGAGGAGAUCACUAAAGUCCCUGAGAAACUGUUGUCAUUUGCUGUGCACUGCAAAAACCUGACCGUGUCCAAUGCACGAACUGUGCUGCUGACCCCAGAGAUCUACAUCAGUCAGAACGUUUACGAGCAGCUUCUGGACCUGUUGCUGGAGGCUGUCAGAGGAGCCCAGUUUGAAGAGGUUGUGGAGUUUUUAGAGGAGGUCAUUGCUAGCCUGUUGGCUGACCAAGAAGUGCGGACCUUUGGGGAGGUAAUGGUGCCAGUGUUUGAUAUUUUCCAUGGCCGGGUUAAAGACCUAGACCUCUGUCAGCUGCUGCUGUUUUCCUACCUGGAAAUUCUCCUGUACUUCAGUCGACAAAAGGACAUUGCUAAGGUUUUAAUGGAGCACAUUCAGCCCAAAGACCCUAACAAUGGGAUUCAGUAUCAGAAAACACUUCUGGGAGCCAUCCUUAAUAUUUCAUGUCUGCUGAAAACUCCUGGUGUGGUUGAAAACCAUGGCUUUUUCCUGAAUCCAUCUCGCUCCAGCCCACAGGAAUUGAAGGUUCAAGAGUCAAAUAUACACCAGUUUAUGGGGCAGUUUCAUGAUAAGCUCUAUCAGAUCCUGAAAAACUUGCUCCAGCAGUCCGGCGAGACUCGCCACCUGCUGCUCUCGUGGCUGGGUGGCUGCCUGCAGGCCAACAUGGGUCGGGCCAAAAUCUGGGCAAACCAGAUGCCCGAGAUAUUCUUCCAAAUGUAUGCAUCGGAUGCAUUCUUCUUAAAUCUGGGAGCCGCUCUGCUCAAGCUCUGCCAGCCGUUUUCUCGACCCUACUCUCCUAAACUCCUGACCUUUAACCCCACAUACUGCUUGCUUAAGGAGCUGAGCGAAGAAGAGCGGCGUAACAGAAACGUGCAUGCUAGAGGUCUGGACAAGGAGACAUGUCUGAUACCUGUGCCCCCUCAACAAACGGUUGAAUUUGCCCAAUCAUACAGCCUUCUGACAGAAAACCUCAUUCUUACACAACUCACCCUGUACCUUGGCUUCCAUAGACUUCAUGAUCAGAUGGUGAAGAUGAAUCAGUCUCUGCACCGGCUCCAGGGGACGUGGCGGGACACGCAGCUCAGUGGAGGCCCAGCAGCAGCAGAGCUGCGGGAACAGUUUGAACACCUUAUGACCGUCUAUCUCUCAACCAAGGCUGCAACCACACAGCCCACCAUGUUGCAGAACUGCCUCAACCUCCAGGCCUCCUGCGCCGCCCUGCUGGUUCAGCUCAGCCUGGGCAAUCAGGGCCCUGAACACAUUCCUCUCACCUUCCCUUUACCUUCACUAGAGAACAGCCUGCUUUGCUAUGUGCCAGAGUUCUUUGCUGAAAACAUGGGUGAUUUCUUCAUAUUCCUGCGCCGCUUUGCUGAUGAGGUGUUGGAGUCCUCUGCGGAAAGCUUAGAACACGUCCUGACCUUCAUCACUGUGCUCAUGGGCAAUGUUGAUAGAAUGAAGAAUCCUCAUUUGCGGGCAAAGUUGGCAGAGGUCCUUGAGGCUGUGAUGCCCCAUAUGGAGACUCUGUCACCUGGCGCUGCCCAACCUAUCAUGUUUCAGCGCCAAAGGGUUUUCAGCUCAUAUCGGCACGCGCCCCAACUCGCUGAAGCCCUUAUUACAGUGUUCGUGGAUAUAGAGUUCACCGGUGAUCCACAUCAGUUUGAGCAGAAGUUUAAUUACAGGAGGCCAAUGUACGCCAUUCUGAAGUACAUGUGGGGAGAGAAGAGUUACAGAGAGAGCAUUAAGAAUCUUGCCGACUAUGCCUCUGAAAACCUUGAAGCCAUGAAUCCACCACUCUUCCUUAGGUUUCUCAAUCUCCUCAUGAAUGAUGCCAUCUUCUUACUUGACGAGGCUAUACAGUACUUAAGUAAGAUCAAAAUCCUCCAGCUGGAGCGGGAUCGGGGGGAGUGGGACAGUCUGGCCCCUGACGCCCGCAGAGAGAAAGAAUCGAGUCUGCAGAUGUUUGGACAGCUGGGUCGCUUCCACAACAUCAUGUCAAAUGAGACCAUUGGCACCUUGGCUUUCCUCACAUCUGAGAUAAAAGGUCUUUUUGUUCACCCCUUUCUUGCUGAGAGGAUCAUCUCCAUGCUCAACUACUUUUUACAGCACCUGGUAGGCCCCAAAAUGGGCGCCUUGAAGGUUAAGGACUUCAGUGAAUUUGACUUCAAACCCCAACAGCUUGUGUCGGACAUCUGUACUAUUUACCUAAACUUGGGAGAUGAAGAAAAUUUCUGCGCCACCGUCCCAAAAGAUGGAAGGUCAUAUUCACCCACUCUGUUCUGUCAAACUGUCCGCGUCCUCAAGAAAAUCAACAAGCCUGGUGACAUGAUUAUAUCUUUCAGUCUCCUAGCAGAUAAAAUUAAGUCUCUUGCAGACAGGCAUCAGCAAGAGGAAGAGACGUUCUCUGAUGCUCCAGAUGAAUUUCUGGAUCCCAUUAUGUCUACCUUGAUGCUCGAUCCUGUGCUUUUACCGUCUUCAAACGUCACAGUGGACCGCUCAACAAUAGCACGACACUUACUAAGUGACCAGACAGACCCAUUCAACCGCAGUCCGCUAACCAUGGACCAGAUCAGGCCCAACGAAGAGCUCAGGCAACAGAUCAUGAAGUGGCUUGCUGAUCAUAAGCAAAGCAACCAGCAAAUGGGACCCAGUGGCUAAACCACACUACUCCCCUUCCCCCCCAGAACCCAGGCAUGCUCUGUGUGACUAAACCAUUCAGAUGUUUCUGGCCUCACUCAUGCCGCAUUGAAACAAGAGCAUUUAACCACAUACAGAGCAGCACGUAUGCAUUUAUGGUGUUAGUGUGCUCCUCAAAGGUCAAAUGCAAAUCUCUAAAUGCCAUAUCGCUGUAGCAUAUUCAGCUAUCUGUUCUUCUCUCAACAGUUUGAGCUCUUCAUAGACUGAACUCGGUAAUCCGGGUCACGCUAUUGGUUGCAUUUUGCCUUGCCAAGAUUGUUCACUGUGGAAAAUUAAACUAGAGUUUAUAAACGACGUAUCUAAGGUUUGCUUACCUGUUCGAUGCAUUUGCCCUACCUCUGACUUGAUUCAUAUGCAUGCAAUAUUUUGUACACAUCGCUUAUUUGUUGACUUUUUAAGUUAGAGUAUAUCUCAUUUUGAAAUUAAGGAAGAUCAAAUCAAUGUUGGCUGCAAACGAGAUCAAACUACCAUCAAACAUUUAGUUAAGAUCAUCAGCGUUAUAUUCCAGCAAGCUUCAGCUUAAUGGUUGUUCCUGCUGGCAUUUGUGUUGUUGGGCUUGUCUAUAACUCCUCCAUUUGUCAAAAUGCUUUUGUUCUUUACAAACAUUUAAUGUUAGAAACACAAGGAACGUUUGCUAUAAUAUGCACAUUUACGAGACUCGUUAAGAAUAUUGAGCUCUUGUUGAGGCGUUUGGAAAUGCUCCUGUACAUUUUACAAGGAUCCAUUGUGUCUUUUAACAGUGCAAUAUGUCCCGAGUAAUGACUUAUUUGACUGCUGAGUCAGCCUUAUGACCUACUCUCAUACACGGUGACAUCAUGUCUCUUUUUCUAGUAGUUGGAAAACUGCAUGCUCGGGGCGGAUGGACUUUGCUACUGACAUUUGUCUUAAAAGAUGACAUUGAUAAGACACUGUCCACUCACUGCCUUCAGUCCAGGGAGCUGCAUUAGAUUGACCCAUCAAGUGGUAUUAGGGUAUGUCUGCAUUUCGGCUGCACUGAUUGUUUUUUCGCUGUGUGUUAGUUGGUUUUAAGUUAGCUCCAUUAUAUGUUCAAGAUAUAAUAAAUGAGACCCCAUGAAUUCUCAGCUUAAACAAAAA